CUUCAAAGUGUGUUCUUUUCCUUCUCUUUAAGGCAAUACUGCAUUGCAUGAUUGUGCAGAGUCUGGAAGCUUGGACAUCAUGAAGAUGCUGCUUAUGUAUUGUGCCAAGAUGGAAAAAGAUGGCUAUGGAAUGACUCCUCUUCUCUCAGCAAGUGUGACUGGUCACACCAAUAUUGUGGAUUUUCUCACACACCAUGCCCAGACCAGCAAAACAGAACGUAUCAAUGCUCUAGAGCUUCUGGGAGCUACGUUUGUAGAUAAAAAAAGAGAUUUACUUGGGGCUUUGAAAUACUGGAAAAAGGCAAUGAACAUGAGGUACAGUGAUAGGACUAAUAUAAUUAGUAAACCAGUUCCACAGACACUAAUAAUGGCUUAUGAUUAUGCCAAGGAGGUAAACAGUGCAGAAGAGCUAGAAGGUCUUAUUGCUGAUCCUGAUGAGAUGAGAAUGCAAGCCCUGUUAAUUAGAGAACGUAUUCUCGGUCCUUCUCAUCCUGAUACCUCUUACUACAUUAGAUAUAGGGGCGCUGUCUAUGCCGACUCUGGAAACUUUAAACGAUGCAUCAACCUAUGGAAGUAUGCUUUGGAUAUGCAGCAGAGCAAUUUGGACCCUUUAAGCCCAAUGACUGCCAGCAGCUUGCUCUCUUUUGCGGAACUAUUUUCCUUUAUGCUACAGGACAGGGCUAAAGGCUUGCUGGGUACUACUGUUACAUUUGAUGAUCUCAUGGGCAUACUGUGCAAAAGCGUCCUUGAAAUUGAGCGAGCUAUCAAACAAACUCAGUGUCCAGCUGACCCAUUGCAAUUGAAUAAGGCUCUUUCCAUCAUUUUGCACUUAAUUUGCUUAUUAGAAAAAGUUCCUUGUACUCUAGAACAGGAUCAUUUCAAAAAGCAGACUAUCUACAGGUUUCUUAAGCUGCAUCCAAGAGGAAAGAAUAACUUCAGCCCUCUGCAUCUGGCUGUGGACAAGAAUACUACAUGUGUAGGGCGGUACCCUGUUUGUAAGUUUCCAUCUCUGCAAGUUACUGCGAUACUGAUAGAAUGUGGUGCUGAUGUGAACGUCAGGGACUCUGAUGACAACGGUCCUCUACAUAUCGCUGCUUUGAACAACCAUCCAGACAUCAUGAAUCUCCUUAUUAAAUCAGGUGCACAUUUUGAUGCCACAAACUUACACAAACAAACAGCUAGUGACUUACUGGACGAGAAGGAGAUAGCUAAAAAUUUGAUCCAGCCCAUAAAUCAUACCACAUUGCAGUGUCUCGCUGCUCGUGUCAUCGUGAAUCAUAGAAUAUAUUAUAAAGGGCAUAUCCCAGAAAAGCUAGAGACCUUUGUUUCACUGCAUAGAUGAUAAUCCGAACGUACGUCAGCACUGUUAAAGCACGAAUUGGUAACAGUUGUUUCAUAACUGAGCACUGUUGUAAUAACACCAGCAUUCAUUUAGCUUGAUAUCAUUGUGCUCUCAUUGGCUAAAGCAUUGUAAGCAUCAAAUGUGCAGGAUUGGUUUCCCAGUAUUUAAUAUAAAUAUACCGUAUAAUAUAUUGUUUGUGAAUUAUUGAGAAAUGUGAUGUCAUAUUCAAAUUUCUAAAACUGUCUGCCAAAGGCCAUUCUGGUUUUGUUUGCUGUUGGGUGUCAGGGACAGAGUUAACUGUUUUCAGUGAUGUCUUUAUACUUUACUAGUUUGUGAAUUUUAUACAGUUGAAAGUCAUCCUCCCCGGCUCCCACUUCUUCAGUCUUCAAGUUUUGCCCCUUUCUACUUUUUUUUUCUCCCUAACCAUUUCUGCUACAAUGUUCCCCGAACCUUUGGAUCCAUGCUAGGUCAAAAACCUUAUGGACUUGUUCACCAUUUGCAGUAACCAUAAGUGCUUUAUCUUCUCUAUGCACCGGCUUAAACUGGACUAUUGUGUGUUGGCAUAUUCUCUAUGCAGCAAUUGGUCAACUUAACUCAAAACACUGUUUUCUUAAGUUAGGAAGUUCAUUUCACAAAAGUACUCUUAGAGCAUGUCAGUUUCUAGAGUUGCCGGUAAGCUAUUUGAGCUCAAGCUUUUUUUAGUUUUAUGUUUGGUUUGGUUUUGCUUUGUUUCUUCACAUCUGAGGUUUCUUUCUUCAAUUCACUGAAAGUUUUUGUAUGCUAAAUUUGGGAAACGAAUCUCUUCCCGCUCAUUAGCCCAGUUAAAUUCAGGUCUGUCGUCUUAGUCUGUCGCGCAGUAAAGGAAGAACUUUCUGAAGUGACCUGCCUUUCAUACUGCUCCAGCGUUGUCCUGCUUGUGCUGAUGGUGUGACUAGGUGUAGAGAAUGGCUUCCCUUUAACCUCAGAGUCCAUCCACAGCUUAGCGAGUCACAUUGAGCUCCCAGGCAUUGAACUGCAGACCACUUUGAGUUACAAAAAGGCUAAAGCAUGUCAGUGGCAUGAUGCUGCUUGCCCAGCCAGAUCUAGGCAUCUCAGAUAAUUAAGGUAUUUUAGUAUGCAAUUUACUGCCAUAGUAUCAAAGGUCAAUAACAGUGUUCUUUCUUUUUUCAAGUUUAUGUAUAGCUUUCAAAGAUAACGUGCAUGAAUUACUUUGAUCUCAAUUAUUUGUCACCCUAUUAAACACAAAAGAUCGCACAGUGAUUUCUGUCCCCUUAAUGAAAGCGCCUCCUUUCCUUCUCUCUCCCUGCCACUUCCCCUCCUCCCUCUCUUUCUCCUCUCCCACUUAUUUUUUUUUUCCUAUCAUAGAUUUGUUAAUGCCACAGAAAGGGCUUCUUUGACUUAAGAAAAGAUAAGUGGAAAUUGAAAAGAUUCAGGUAAUCACUCAGCACUUUACCGUACUCAAUAGAAUUUACAGUGGUACACAUUGCCCUGCAGAUGUAGUAAAAAAACAAAAAACAAAAAACAAAAAAAACUGUUCUGAAUGAAAUGCUCCUAUUGAUUCUAGAAAAACAAGUCAGUUCCCCUGUGAACUUGAUGAUCGGGGUCACUUGGGUUUAGGGGAUGACAUUUAUUCUAAGGGUUGAUGUAAUGUUAUUUAAGAAUUGUCAUUGCAAUCACAUUCAUCUUUAUUCAGUAAAAAUUUGUAAUAAAGAGUAGUAAAUAAAGGACAGUAGACUUUUUCAUUAAACAAUUGAGGUUUAAUUUUUUUUUUUAAAGGUAUCUUUACUCAUUUUACUACAUUUUAAAAUUUUACCAUUGGGAAAAUGGAUUAGUUAUCAGUGGGCUCUUUUCAAACUUAUGAAGAUGUUUUACUGUGUUUUAUUUACUGUGGGCAAGUCUGAUAAAAUAUUUGAGCUGCUAUACAUAAGAAUAAUAUGUCAUUUAGACAGAUACUCUAGAAAUAUCAAACUAUUUUGAAAUCAUCUGCCUCUAACUUUAUGGUAUGAGAAUUAUAUAUGCUUGAUGCUUGAACUACCUUUUGUUUUUUUUAAAAAAAAAGAAAAGAAAACUUGGCCAUUUUAGUGAAUCAUCAUUGGUUGAUCUCACUUUUGGGGUAAAAGAUGACAAUUUGACUUGAAGGGAUUUAAUGCCUGCACACCCUCCCCCCCACUUUGCCCAGAAGAGCCUGGCUUACAUGUUCUUAGAACAAGGCUCAUCCUAAGGCUCACUGUUGUACAAGUGGACUUGACUCUCAUAACUCUGUAUGAAGUAAGGAUAUCUUCACAUAGUGGAACAGAUAACUUGGAACUGGUUUCUAGUCUUGAAAACUGCAGUAAUAUAUUGCAGGCAGGAUGUGGCUCUCCCUUUUUUGUUUGUCCACUCCAGAAAUGCCAUUGGGAGCUCUUGAAAAAGCAGUUAAGUAGCUCAAAAUUAGCCAGAAUUUUAUUUUAGAGUAAGUUGGUUCAGGAGUGCAACCUCAGAUAACUGUUAGGGGCUUCAUCAGAAAAUCGUGAGACUGAAUAAAAUACAAUUGUUAAGUUUGUGGGUUUGUUUUUGUCCAUGAUGAGCAAAUGAUCUAAUUGUACUCAUUUGAAUCAAACUAAAUGGACACUGUAGCAUGGUAGUAUUGGCUGGUAUUGUGUAAAUCUCAAUGUUUCUCCAGAAAUGCCUCUGAAUUUGAGAUGUUCUACAAUUUUGAUCAUUUUUGUAAGAGAAAUGGCUAUUUUAUUCAGAUACUAGUCUCCUUUCCAAAGGCAAAUGAACUACAGGCUUAAAAAUGUCAUUUUUUUUCUUUUAUUCUUAGUCUGACAAGCAUAAGCCCCAAUCAACAAGAUAACUUGGUGUCCUUUAUGAUUUUGAAGUUAAGUGAUUGCUCAUUUGCAAAGAAGUAAUUUGUAAUAUUUUUAAAAACCCCAUUUACUGUAAGUUGAGAAAUUGUUUAGGUUAUAUUUGGAAAUUUGGCUUCUUAAAAUCCAAUUGCCGAGCAGAAGCCCUCAGCUGAAAGUACAGGUGUGUUGAUCCCUGUGAUAGUUCCCAGCAGGGUCUAGGGGAGGAAUAGUGUUCUUAUACCCUCUACAGCAGCACCAUCAUCCGGAACUUGGACCACUUUACAGUUAGGUACUAAGGAAACUUGAAUUGCUUGUCAUCUUCUUUCUUUUCUUUUCCCUCCUGUGUAUCACUAAACAGCUAGUUUCUCUCCCUUUUGUUGGUUCCCAUUGUGUAUCUUUUAAAAGAAGUACUGUAAUCAGAUGCCAGCCAAUAAAUUGUCACACGAUGGAAAAAACGAUAUGCCACAGCAUUGUAAGGUUUAAUAAAAUUAAAUUUGCACCAAACUUAAGU